AUGCUAAUUAAAAUCGCGAUUUUACUGAUGACAUUCGAACAAAGCCUACCACAGGUCGCUGGUCAAUGUUGCCUAGGACAGAAUGUGCAGUCAUCAUUAUCAUCGUUCUUCCCAUUUUUCUCAGAUUACUCAUGGUUGUUACCACAACCUUCAUUUUCCGGCGUUAUUCAUCCCGAUCAAAAAGAAAGCGAAGGAUGUUAG